UCGUUGUCGUACGAUGGAUCGAACGCUGCAGGAUACGGAGUGCCAGUAAGUGGGGCUGCCGCGGCUACACUUCAGGCUCAAGCCCAAGCUCAAGCGCAAGCUCAGCAGCAACAACAACAAUAUGCUGCUGCGGCGGCUGCUGCGAUGCUCGGCGCGAACCCGUAUAUCGGUGACUACUCCUCCGUCGAUAUAUCGCAUGCUGGUCAGUUAGUGUUUGCUAAGUACUGA